AUGUCAGAAGAAUUCGUUGGCAAAGAUCUUAAAGUGCUUCAAGAUUUAGAAAGAGAUGGUGGUGAAACCGUUCCUAUUUUAAGUAAUAAAUCAAGAAAGCAAAAUCGUACCAGAGUUAUUUUUCAAAUUAUUUCGGUGGUUGGUUUAUUCGUGUUAGGUUACUUCUAUUUCCUUUCAAGUAUUGCUACUCCAAAGACUGAAUUGAUUAUCUUUGGUUUCCCAAUUCCUGAUUUCUUAAUCCCUUCAAAACCACAAGAUUCUGUUAAUACUCCAUCAGUUGCAACUUCCAUUAUUUAUGAAAUCCAACCUCCAAUUGCUUUAACCAAUUUCGAAUCUUAUAAUACCACUGUUAUCUUUGAUGAUGAAGAAUUAGCUGAUGGUUUAACUUCUAAAUUCCAUCAUCCUGCUAAAAAUGAAUCUAAUUUCGAUGGUGCUUAUUUAACUUUAAAUUUCACUAAUAAAAAUGUCAUCACUUUAGAUUUAAUUGAUUCAUUUGCUGUUAUUGAAAUCUCUAUUGAUGAAUUCCCAGUAUGGAGAACUUCAACUCCAUAUGGUAAAUCUGAUUCCUUCACUUUCAGUUCUACUUAUUCCAAUAUCACUGAUUUCAUCUCCUUAUUAAACAAAAAUAGAAAAUUCUCUAUUACCGUGUUAGAAGGUUCAGUUGAAUUAGUUGAUGUAUCCUUAAGUUUAACUUUAACCAAAUCCAUUGCUCAAGCUGAAGAUAACAAAAAAUCAUCUUUAGUUUCCGCUGAAGAUUUGUUCGUUUCUUCAAAACCUCCAACUAAGAUUUAUCCAUUAGUAACUGAAAACAACAAACCAUUCAAUUUACCUAAUGUUGAUCAAUUUAAAGUUACUUUACCAAAAGUUUCAUCUUCAACCACCAUUGCUAAAUUAAACUUAUUCGUUUCUGUUUCCAAAGAAGAAAUUGGUUAUUUCAAGAAUGAUGAUGAUCCAUUAAGACACUUAAACAUUUUCAUUAAUGAUGUUUAUGUUAACUCCAUCAUUCCAAAACCAACUUUAUACCAUUCUGACUCCUUAACUUCUCAAAAUUUCGAUCCUGUCGUUGAUUUUGGUAAUUUUGUUGGUUUAACUUUUGAAAUUGAUUUAAUUAAUGUUUUACCAACUUUAUGGGCUGAUGAAUCAACUUUAGAAAUCUUUGUUACUUCUCCAAUCAAUGGUUUAACCACUACUCCAAUCUUCAAUGGUAUUCCAUCUCCAAUCACUAAAGGUGAAAAUCAAAUCUUAGCUGAUUCAUGGUUUGUUAGUGGUAAUUUAUUCUUAUGGAAUCAAUCUGAUUUAAUCUCAAAUUCAACUGGUAUUGUUUCUAUCCCAACUACUGAACAAACCAACUCUGGUAUCUUCAAGAACCCACCUCAAUAUUCUCCAUGGUCUCCAGCUACUAAGAAUGAAAUUGCUAAAAAUAGAGUUAAAUCAAAUACCACCACUCAAUUCCAAUUCACCUUGAAGGAUAAUUCAACUGUUUCUUAUACUGUUGAAUCAAAAUCUGAGCUUUUCACCAUCUUAACUAAAUCAGAAAGAACUUCAACUAGACCAGGUGGUCCAAUUGGUCAAGUGAAAUCAUCAGAAUUAAACUUGGUCUACAUCUCAACUAAAGAUGAUAAAUUUGAUUUCAUUGAUAACAAGACUAAACUUUCUGCUUUAAAAGUAUCUUCUUCAACUGGAUUCCCAAUCAAUUUAUCUGAAACAAAAUCUGAAAUCGCCGAUAAACCAGAUAAAGAUAGUAUCAAAGCUAGUUUCGAAUCUAAACAUGAACAAAAAUUAAAUGGUGAAGUUGUCGAUUCAAUUAAAGUUCAAGAAAGUGUCAUUAAGAGAGAUGACGGUGUUCCAAUCACCAAUAUCAAAUAUGAAAAUAAUGGAUACAAGAAGAGUGUUGAAGUUAUUAACGGUCAUCCAUUUUAG